CGUCUCUCGCCCGGGCUUGCCCGGAAGGCCUACUGUUCUGCGAAGUUGAGGCCUGCCCGUCCCAUACCUCACCCCCCCCACGCCCUGUAGGGGAUCCCGGCGACGGGAAGGCCCGGUGAAGCCGCCUCGCGGGCCCCUCUCCUGACACCGCCGCGUGGAGGAGGUCCGACCGGUCAGGCUCGCUACGCCUCGGCCAGGCCGGGAAGCUUGGCGGCGGCGGCGGCUAUCCUGCGGGGUCGGUCCCGUCGCUGGCCUCGGGAGAGAGCGAUGAGUUUGGCAGAGGCGCCGGAGGUGGAGGCGGGAUGGCCGCCCGGAGCUUUGAACGACGACGCCUUAGAUCUUAACGAUAAUUCUCCUGAUGAAGGGCUAAUAGAAGACUUUCCUAUCAUAGAUAAGAAAGCUGUGGAGCAGCUAACAGAAGGGCUGAUUUCGCAUUAUUUACCUGACCUACAACGAUCAAAACUAGCCUUAAAAGAGCUCACACAGAACCAAGAAGUACUAUUAGAAACUGUACAACAAGAAAUUUCGAAGUUCAAAGAAUGUAAUUCAAUUCUUGAUAUCAACAUGCUGUUUUCAGAAGCAAAAUACUAUCACAAUAAGUUGGUAAACAUUAGGAAAGAGAUGCUGCUGCUGCAUGAGAAGACAUCAAAGUUGAAAAGAAGAGCGCUCAAACUCCAGCAGAAGCGGCAGAAGGAGGAACUAGAACGAGAACAGCAACGGGAGAAGGAGCUGGAGAGAGAAAAACAGUUAACCGCCAAACCAGCAAAAAGGACAUGAAAGCCCAACAUGUACUGACGUGUUGUGCUAAUUAUAAUAUUCUUUGGACUCGUUGGGGAGAUGAGGAUCUGCCCCACGGCCUCAUGUUCUAUCUUGCCAAGAAGCCUACUAGCACAGUCUUAAUAUUUCUAUCUUGCUAUUAGCAAGGAGCUAGGAAGAGAAAGUGUACCAUAUGAGCUACUCAAAACCACUUUUUGAUUAGUGCUUUGCUAAUAUUGCUGGGUCAAGUUAUUUUUUGAAGAAACAGGAUACGGCACUCAUUCCAACAUCUUACAAGGUCUUCACUGGUGUGCACCUGUCCCAAACCCAAACGUGUUCCUUAACAGUUUAACUCUACCUCAUUAAAUAUACUCUAG